UGACGUUUAACGCAUGUGUCAUUGUACAUUGCAGCGUUUCCAAUGCUCUUCACUACCAUGCUUUUCUGAGGACGGUGUAUGCAAAAAUAUGGCUCUGAGUCAGUUGGGCCUGCUCCGUCCAGGGCUGUGUCGCUCCCUGGUGCCCCUGUUGAGGGCUCCUCUGGCCGUGUCCUCCAGGGCCCCCUACCUGCUCCAGCCCCAGCCCAGGCACCACAUCCCCACCCUCCCCCAAGCCCCCUGCUCGCGUCUCUACGCCACCAAGAAAAGCAAAGCGAAGGCCAAGGCUCAACCGGCAAAAGUGAACAUCAACGCGGCGCUGGUUGAUGACAUCAUCGACCUGGAGCAAGUGAAGGAGGACAUGGAGGCUGUCCUUACGUCACUGAAAGAUGACUUCAGUCGCAGCCUCAGCAUCAGAACCUCUCCAGGAGCCCUGGACCACAUCGUGGUGACCACCAAGGAUGGGAAGUUCCCUCUCAACCAGCUGGGCCAGAUCUCCAUGAAGUCUCCUCAGCUCAUCAUGGUCAACAUGACCGGCUUCCCAGAGGCCACAGCUGCUGCCACCCGUGCCCUCCGAGAGAGCAGCAUGAAACUCAACCCUGAAGUGGAAGGGACCAUCAUCAGGGUGCCUAUUCCCAAAGUGACACGGGAGCACCGGGAGAAUCUGUCCAAGCUGGCCAAGCAGUUUGGCCACAAGGCCAAGGACUCAGUGAGGAGGCUGCGGUCUGCAGCCGUCACCCACGUGAAGAAGUCCAAGGAGAGCACCUCCGAGGACACACUGCACCUCAUCGAGAAACAGCUUCAGCAAAUGGCCGACAGCUAUGCAGCAGACAUCGACAAACAGCUGGCAACCAAGACCAAGGAACUGCUUAGCUGAAACACACACAUGCCAAGACCAAGGAACUGCAGGUGCCGCAACACAAGCAGGAAGAAAACGUUUGAAAAGUGUUUGUACCAACCAUACCAAGUGAUGACAGGUGAUACCUGGUGAUAUCAGAAGUGUCACCAUAACAAUUUGAAUAGAGGUUUAAGAAAUCCACACAAUGGUGGCUGCCCACCCUCCAGCUUAAUUAUAGUCAACACAUUUUAGUCAGAGAGCUGUGUUUGUGCUGUUUUAGCUAGUCUGGCACUGUCCAUGUGGAUGCAGUGUUAGCUAGCUUGGCACAGACUGUGUGUAUGCUGUAUUGGGUAGCCUGGCACUGUCUCUUUGUGAUGCAUUAUUAGCUAGGCUGGCACCCUCCCUGUGCAACGUUAUAUUUGUGUGUUUAGUUGGUGAUGCGUAAACAUCAGUUGGCAUGGCACGACAGUGCCUGUCGAUUGCCUCCAUUCCCUGGUCUCCAAACAAACAUACCCAGGCUGCGAUGGGCUUUUAAUGGGUCCUGGGAGCCUCCUGCUAAUCAAACUGAAGCCACGAGAGUCGUUUGUUUAUGUUACAAGGCAGACCUCUGGAUGUAAACGUUGGCUGUGGCUUCCCUGGGUGGAGUUAUGGAGUCUCGUGGUCUUCCAGUGUUGAAGGAGCUUAGAUAGCCUUAACGGGUUGCCAAACAUUUGUUUCACAUUCAAUGAUAAAAGGGGGGCAGCUACUCCAGAAGAAGAAAAGAAGCCCUGAUUCGUUUUUUCCGUUUGUGUGAGGAUUGAUCCACGAGCUACCCAAACGUAAACACAAAAUAAAAGUGGGCAUGUUAUUGAUGGCGGCCAUUACUGGAACAGUGCUUUGUACCCUGUGUCAUCUCUCUUCUUCUGUUUUCUCUUCUUCUUUGUUCUUUCAUGUGAGUCACAUGUCUCCCCUAUUAGCUGGAGUGAUAAUGUUCCUUUCCUGCGAACAGACCAUAAUAACCCCUGCAACCACAGCCAUCCAUUAGGCUUCGGGGCUUGGCUCACUUGGCCUGGUCCUCUCGGUCUAGCUGGCUCUCUAAUGGCUUCGCUGGAGUUGGGGGGGGAAACACCAGAAAGAGGGAGGUGGUUGUAUAGGAGGAAGUGGUGGACAUACAGAUGGUGAAGAGAGUGAGGUUGAGAGGAGGAGCAGGAGAAGGUGGAGCAGUUAAAAGUAGAAGACGGGAAAGCAGCGUUGGAGGCCGUGGUUGAGGAGAUAGUGGAGGAAUAGGAGUUUCGAGAGGAGAAGGAGGAGUGCCAACAUUUGGGUAAUGGCAGGUCGGGGUGUGUAGGGGUGUCCAUAUGUCAGUCAUUUGGGCCCAUUGUGUACCUUGGCCUUAAACAGGGCUGGAUGAUGGAUGGAGGCCGUCCCUGGCCCGCGACACAGCCUGGGAAAUUGCUUUCAGCUGAUAACUUCAUUUCAGUUGACAUUUAUCAAGUGAAUUACCCUGUUCUCUGCCCCUGCCUGUGUGCGAUUUAGCUACCCUCACCAAAGUAUGGAUGGGGGGGGGUCAUGUUUUUUCUUUAGCCUCUCGCAAAAUAUACAAGUCUAAAUUGGCUCAGUAAACUGUAGAAUUGAUAGUGUACACUACGCUAAACCAGGAAGGCUUCAGGCAAGGGAGGAAGAGGGAUAUGGCUGCAGUCAGUCCUAACUCGGCCUCAAUCUGUUUCAGUCAUCGUCCUUCCACAUAGAGUAGAGAGAAAUUGAAAUCUCUCGCCAGAGACAUUUUCCACUUUACUUUCUAUGCAGAUUACUCAAUGGUGAAGGACUCCUUUCCCUCCGGUCUAGCGAGGUCUGAGAGUCUUGGGACAAUGGGCAGAACUAUUUCAUUGCUAUGCAGGUCGGGUGAGGAUGAGUAGGCUAUCAUCCCUCCCUCCCAUCCAUCCGUCCGUCCCUCCUCCCAUCCCUCGUUCCUGGAGGCUUUUGUCUGAUUACGCGCCCCACACCCAGCAGACGAGCCAGUGGUUAGAGAGAGAGGAGAGAGAGACCGGCGGCGGGGCCACUUCAGCGGGGGACAAGAUUGGCUCCAGCACGCCCCUCGCGUGCGCACUCGUCGCUGGAGUGCGGGAGCCGGCCGGCGAUCUCAUCAAGAAUGCAAUCAGCGGGAAUAUGUAUACAUGAAUAUGUAAUGCUGCCGGCUCGGCGUGGCGCUGAUGGGCCCGGCGCUGCCGACACGAGGCCAACACGCUCACUGCAUAUGUAGAUUGGACUGGAAAUUAACAGGGGUUUUGAGACUCGGAGGAUGGUUCUUGUCAGGAAGGGGGGUGGGGACUCUAAGCCCUGCUCAUCUCGUGUGCCAGGACAGAGAGGGAGGAAGAAGAAUAUAGAAGCACUUUCUUUAAGCAUUGUUCAGGGAAAGGCUGGAACGUGUGGCUGGGUUUGAGGUCCAUGCUACUUUAGGGAGGGGCGGAGGGGGCAUUUGAAGGGGUAUUUGUGUAGGAUGUUGGACAUUUUAAUAAUCAGGUAACUAAUCCCGAGGAAUGGUUUCCUUCCUCGCCGGUGCUGCGACACGGGCCUGACUUGGCCUGGGAGCUAUUUCCACGCCACAGAACGCGUGCGCUCAUUUCGAGUACAGAGCUACCCCCUAGGUGCACCCUGCCGGCCGUUCGUGUUGAAGACCCCCCCACCCCAGGAACAGAGCCCGCUCUCAGUCAGAAGUGGUUCAACUGUCAUUUCAAAUAGUCUGGACGUCGUGAUUACCGGCACGGGAGGAAUUAUAUAUUUAGCUUUAUGUCCUCUGCCAUUUCCUACCCCCUACUUGAUCUUAAGUGACUAGUUCCCUGGAUAUUACUGUCUCCAGGGAGCUGAACUCAUCUCUUGGGGGGUGGGGG